AUGAAUUACGAAGACGUAAUCAAAGCUGCUGGUGGAUGUGGUCGUUACCAAAUAUUUAUGCUCAAUUUACUGUGUGCUAUUCCUGGUUUGACAAACGAUACUUACGAAGUACAAAGCGAAGCCCACGCUGAGCUUAUUAAAGAAUACAUACCCGAAGAUAUAGUUGAUGGGAAACCAGUGUACAGUAGGUGCCAUCUUUAUCUCAACAAAAGUGUACUGGGAAACCAAACUCUUGGUAACUGCACUUCUUGGGUUUAUGACAAAUCAGUAUUUGAAACAACAAUCACCAGUGACUUUAAUUUAGUUUGCAGUCAUGAAUGGCUCGCCCAUCAAAUUUAUACCGGAUUUUUCGCUGGGUACUUGUUUGCCAUGCUAUCUUGCGGUUGGCUUUCUGAUCGAUUGGGGCGCAAGACUGUCAUUAUUAUUUCACUUAUGGUCCAAGGUAUUACUGGAAUUCUGUCUUCAGUCAUUGAUAACAUCAAAAUGAUUAUCGUACUCCGUUUUUUGACAGCCGUCGGAGGUGCCGGUUCUUAUAUUCCAUCAGUUGUAUUUGGAGCUGAAAUUUCAUCAAUGAAAAACAGAACUCAAGCCUCAAUCGCUAUUCAAAUAUAUUUCACCGUCGGACUUUUUAUCCUAAACUUAUUGGCCUAUUAUAUACGAAACUGGAAACUAGUAAUUCUACUGGUGUCUCUGCCUUCAAUACCAACUGGAUUUCUAUACCUUUGGGUGUUACCAGAGUCGCCACGUUGGCUGCUAACUAUAAAAAAGCGAAAGGAAGCAGAAAUUGUUUUAAAUAAAAUAGCCGAAGUAAACAAACGUGAUUUCAAUUGCAAUUCGGAAGAAAUAGAAAUAUCGAUGGUGCAAGAUCGGACUGUCAGGCUCUGGAAAAUAUUUCUGAUUCCAAAACUUUUAAAAAGGACCCUUAUUUUGAUGUUCAACUGGUGUGUGGUAAGUUUUGUGUAUUAUGGAUUGGUGAUAAACACAGAAAAUUUGAGUGGAAACAUGUUCCUGAAUUUCUUCUUUGGGGCUUUAGUGGAAAUCCCUGCAUAUCUCACGUGUAUAUUUCUAUUGGAUCGCAUCGGCAGAAAGAAAUUGUACAUUGCCUUCAUGGUUUUUGGAGGAAUUUGUGGAAUCUGUACUAUUUUUCCAUUUAUGUACGCUUCAGAUGAUUCACAAUGGAUUACAACAACAUUGGCCACUUUAAGCAAACUUUGUGUUACUGGUACAUUUGGGAUCGUCUACCUACACACCUGUGAAUUGUAUCCAACCUGUGUGAGAAAUGGGGCGCUCGGAGCUAUGUCUACCUUUGCUAGAGUGGGUGGUGUCAUAGCUCCUUACGUUAUGAUGUUGCUUCUCUCUAAAAUGUUUCAUAGCCUUUUUUGUUCAUUCUUCUUCCUUGUACAGGUGUUGAUAGGUUACAUUUAUGUCAGUGUUCAUUUUCAACCGUCGCGUUUCUCUAUAUAUGACUCAACCACAACCACCUUAGGUCCCUUAACCCUCUUUAUCUCCUUAACUCCCUCCUCUAUUAUAGACCAAUUCUUACUCCCUCUCCUUUUAUUCUUUCUUUUUUAA